CACACCACGUUGUGCAACCGUAAACAUUGACUAUCGUUGAGGAAAUGUUCUAUGUUUCAGAAAUACCUGAUCGAGGAAUUUACUGUGUAUUUAGGUGACAAACCUGCUAUUCGAUAUAAAAGCAAGAAUCGUAUCGAUUUCACGCGAUGAUAUGUAUUAUGAUGAUAAAGUGACACCAUAAAUGUGUGUUUACAACACGUGUUGUAAAGCUAAACAAAGAAAGGUCACAGCAUAACAUCGAAAGGAGGGCGUGUCAACAAAAGUUGGACAAAAAGAGGAAAUCAAAUAGAUCAGCAGUGACAAUGACAAUGAUGACGAAUAUGGCUUCAGAUCUCGAGGAAAAAUUGGCUGCCGAAUGCCUCGUUGCUAUGUCAAAUUCGUGUGGAAUCGUAAGUAGGUCAACAGCUGAUGACAGAAUGGCGGAAAGCGUAACAAAAACUGAAGUGGAUACGACGUUCACGUUAGCAAGAAUUUUAACUGAUCUCAGGAAACAUAAUCAGGAACCAGUUAAUAAUACUCAAAGCAAUAGCAUUGCAGUAGACAUGCACAAUUACAGUGAUGUUUUGGGCAGAAAUAAACGUGUAGACAGUGAAGUGGUGUCGCGAAAAUAUAUGACAGAGACAACGCCCCUUUUACAAUACGUUGGCAAAGACGAAGAUCAGAACGCAGAUACAUUCACUGGGGUGCUACGAAAAAUUCAUAAAUGCCCAUACAAGUCAUGUUUUAAGGUUUAUGGGAAGAGUUCGCACCUAAAAGCACAUCUCAGAACACAUACAGGAGAAAGACCUUUCCCUUGUACUUGGGCAGGCUGUGGUAAGAGAUUUGCACGAUCUGAUGAGUUGGCCAGACAUAUACGCACACAUACAGGAGAAAAGAAAUUCCUUUGCCCAUACUGUGACAAAAAGUUUAUGAGGAGUGACCAUCUUAAUAAACAUGCAAGGAGACAUCCAGAGUUCCAUCCAGAGGCCCUUAAAAGGGGUCGACAUGGAUCAGGAAACAGCACAGCAAGCCUUGGCAGCACGGGGACUCGUGCACACACUCCACAGACAGAACUGACCAGUGACCACUCGGACCAAUCCAAUAUUGCUGUGUCUCCUUAAAAAAUUUCCAGUGAAAAAAUGAUGCCAUAUUGAUGCUUCUAUGAUUACUAGUAGAGAAAUAUUAUUUGUAGCUACAUGUAAAUUCACAUGCAAUACAGUUUGAUUUGGGGUUUUUCAUUGCACUAAAUCAAAAACAAAUUAUCAGUUAUUACUGCUGAAUUCAAGAUAAAAAUGAUGGAAUGCUAGUAUUUCUGUUCACACUUUUAAUACGACAAUUUAAGUGCACAGUUUUAAGCCAUGUACUGUAAUAAGUUCUUGAAGAGAGUUUGUGCAGUCGACCUGUAAUGAAAAGGGAAACUGAUAACUUGAUGAUAAACUAUUCGAUGAAGGAUUUUUUAAUGCCAGUAAUAUGCAUUGUUUUGGUUUCUUUAAUUCUUCUGUGAUAUUGAAAGACAAUGCAUGUUCACAGGGUUUAACAAAUCAUCUCAUUGAGAAAAUGGGGUUUUGACAUAACUUGGCAUACUUACAGUCAAGUUACUAGGUUAAUAUAAUGUUUUUAAGUCAUAAAAGUAAUUUAGUAAACAUGCCUCUUCAUUUGGUCUUACAAAUUGUAUCUUGAUGUUUAGGAGAUAAUAAACACAUAAACAAAAAAACCAACACACCAACAUUAUUAUUUUUAAUUAUAAGAGUUCAGUAGAGCCUCAACAUCAUUGGUUGCUUAUAUUAAAAGAAUACUUAUAUUUUUUCCAAAUGCCUGCUAGACCUCUUGUUUAAUUGUUUCUUCAGUACUGUAGCAGAGUUUAAUAAGUGUUUUUAUAUGAGCACCAGUUUGUAUAUAGUUUAUAUUGGUAAUUUAAAGAAUGUUGAGUGUAAAUGGAACAGUUCAUAAAUAACUUACCUGUGAAACAAACAAUAUGUCCUAUUAACUAUUGAUUUCGUUUGUGUAUGGAAGGUUAUUUACAUCUGUAGCCAAAUUAUGACUUUUGAAAGAUUAUUAACAUCUGUUGCUAAAAUGUUGACAUCUGUUGCUAAAAUGUUGACAUCUGUGAGUGAAAGAGAAUAAUCAUUGUUGUCACAGGUUUCCCAUUUAAGUGUUAGCACUUAAGAUUGGUCAAAGUUAUAUUUUUUUAUCAAAUAUCUAAAAACAUUACCUGCAAAGUUUACAACUCGUGAACUUGACAUACCUAUAGAAGUUUGCAAUGUGUGCCAAUUAUGUAUUGUAUUAUUGAUACAUGUUCUCCUCACUCAGUUUUUGAUUUCAGAUUUCAUUUUAAUUUGUGUCAUCGUCACAUAUAAUACAAAUAUUUAACUACGGAUUAAUACAUUCAAAUUUUAACUUUGUUUUAAUGCUUGUUAAUUAAAAAAUCGCUCUUAAAUAUAUCAUCACAGAAGUAAAGCAGAUUACAGCUAAACUUUAAACAACUUUUUAAAGAUUUAUCAUUAAGACAAAUAUAUAAAUAUGUAUAUAAAUAUACAUAAAUAAAAUCAGAGUAAUUUGAAAUGAUGGCAUGAAUUCAACAAGAUCAUAUAUGUAUAUAUUACUCAUAUUUUGACAACAUACUAUAUAUUUGUUCAUUUUAUUUUGUUGUGGACUUUUAAAGUUAUGUCCAUGCCCAUUAGUAUUUUUAUGACUUGACCCCACCCUGGUGUUUCCUUAGGACAUACUCUCUCAUUGGAUUAGAUGUAAAGUCAAAGUUAUGUAGCAAAAGUUAAGUAGUUGUGUAAUAACUCAACAUAAUCCAAUCCCAUGGUUUUUGGUUUAUUUAUUAGUUGCAGAAAUAUUUUUGUUCAAACCUUUUAAAAAAACAUGCAAAUUAUAUGAAAUGUGCAUUUAAAUGACAUGUGCUUAAUGAAUAAUUGAAUUAUUAAUUGAAGCAAAACGUAUCGACAUUGUUAUCAGACAACUGAAUAAGGAAAAUCAAAGACUUAUUAAAAUCAAAUACAAUAAUUUUAUUGAUUGUAUCUGUAGUUGAUGGGAGACAAUCCAGAUUGAAUGAUAAUGAUGUACUUAUGAGUUAUGUCUCUUUGCCUAAGCAGUGCAGAUCUGAAUUCCAAAUGUGUUCAUGAAUAGUGUUACUCAUUAUCUCAUCUUGUUCAAUUCGUUCCGCCAUAACUGUAGCUUUAGAGGUGACGAAUCUAUUGUGAAACUCUGUUAUUACUUCACUUUAAUAUUGUUAAAGAUACUGUUAGUUUUCUGAUAUCAGCCGUCUUCGCCCUUAGAAAUAGCAUCCGGAAUGUAAAAAAUAUACUGUUUUCAUUUGUGCUGACGACCAUCUGUGAUGUGUUAAUUAAACAUUUCAUCCAUAAAAAUGAAUAAGCCAUCAUGUUUCAUUGUUUAUUUUCUGUUACAAUGUUUUAGAUUGUAUACAAUGUUCAUUUUUUCUCUAUGAUCAUGUUGAUACUUACAUUUUAUGGUUGCCUUCUAAUUUGUUAGUGUUAAAAUGUCUAUUAAUUCAUAUCGUUGACAAACAUUUUGUUUUCUGUAUAUUUUUCCAUCAGUGUAAUAAACUAUGGUUUUUAAUGUU